AUGCGUGUUUACGUCACUUCCUGGCGUCUGACCCAACUGUAAACACCUCUCUCCAGCAGCAGCAGCCUCAGUUAGCAAACAUGAUCUGCCUGCCUUACUGCCGAGCAUUUAACCAAGCCUAUAUAAGUUAUUUCUGCUCUUUAUCACUGUAGCUAUCAGAUGAAGCCAUAAAAUCGUUUUUAUACCACACAGCAUCCAGUUGGCGCCAUUAAACGAGUCUUAAUCCUGAUGGAGCCGCAUUAGCUCAGCUAGCUCGCCUUCAGAUGCACUAAGGAGUCCGUGUUGCGCACAGAUCUCCCUCCGCCGGCUUGCACCGAACAUGCUGCAUUCGUUGGUGAGCCUUUGCGCCAGGGAGGUGGUCAGCGACCACAGCUCGUCGCCCGCCUGGCUCCGCUGGGUUCCCCGGGAGCUCUACGGGGCGCUGCUGGAGGCCGCCUUCGCCUGCUGCAGACCGCUGGCGGUGGGCGAGCUGGUGCAGCGGUGGCCCGAGCGCUCCCUCCGCGUCGGAGGACGCAGGAGGACUGGGCAGCCUGCGCCCAGCCGGCUCUGCAUCCAGGCGCUGUUGCUGGCUGUGGUCAGGGGACUGGCGGAGCACAGGUCAGCCCUGCAGGUUCUGGAUAUCUGCGGUCUGCAGGGAGACGAGGGAGGCAUGGGGGACCCCAUGGGAGGCUGGUCUCUCACCGUGGCCCUGUGCACCAUGGUCGUUCAGGCCCGAGCCGGAGCGCAGAGGGCCCAGAGGAAGGAAGGAGACCGAGAGAGGAAACGCUUCUCGGCGCUCGAGAGGGAAAGAGAUUUGAAGCGAGAGAGGGGGCAGAGGGCGGGCGUGAAGGCAGAGGAGACGGGACCCAAGGGCCCCGCCAGCGAAGAGGAGCUCAUCAGAGGAGUCCGGAGGAGGAUGGAGAUGGAGAGAAGAAGAGGGACUGCGGUGACGGGUCUGGGAGGCAGCAAACCUGAGGCGGAGGAAAAAGAGACGCAGUGGGAGGUGUCGGUGCACGUCAGAGCCGAUCUCUUCGUGAACGCCCGCUCUUGGGAGCGCGUUCGCUCGGCUCUGACCACACCCGGGCCCUUGAGGCUUCAGUGCCGAUACCUGCGGGUGGAGGAGAUCUCGGCGACGAGCAUCAGGACCCUGCUCAACCUGCUGCCUCGCAGGGCCCUGCUGGGCAUCGACGUGCGCUACAGCAGCCUCGGGGUGGCCGGCCUGGCCGAGCUGCUGCCUCUGCUCGCCACCUACCCCAGGCUCAGCUCCCUGCGGCUGCAUUACUGUAACCUCGACCUUCGCAGGGACAACCCCGGCCAGGAGGAGCUCCUGAGGGAGCUGUCGCGGGGGCUGGCGGACCUGCAGGAGCUGCGGCAGCUCAGCCUCACUGCUCUGCGGCUGCCCGGACAGCUGCGUGUGCUGCUCAGCUCGUUGCCGCAGCCCUUGGAGGUCCUGGAGCUGCCCUAUUUGAGCCUGAGUCCGACCGACCUGGCCUAUCUGUCCUGCAGCCAUCACGUCUCCUCCCUGCAGCAGCUGGACCUAAGCGAGAACUGCCUGGAUGAGACCACGGUGCCCUCGGUGCGCCGCCUCCUCUCGCAGGCCUCCAGCAGCCUGCUGCACCUCUCCCUGAGCGGCUGUGGCCUGACCGACGGCCUUCUGGGCCUGUUGCUUCCCUCCCUGGGAGGCUGCUGGGCCCUGAAGAGCUUGGCUUUGGCCCUCAACCCCCUGUCCAUGGCGGGCCUCGUUGAGCUGGUGCGGACGGCAGCGCGGAUGCCCUGCCUGCGACAGCUGCUCUACCCAAACCCCCUGGAGGACUACCUGCCGGGGCUGCCCGAUCUGCCGUCCAGCACUCAGCUGCUGGAGUGGCCUCUGGAUGAAUCCACGGACACGAGCGCGACCAGCAACCAGCUCAGCAAGGUGCUGACGGACAGCGGGCGCGCUGACCUCCUCUUGACCUGUGACCUGCUUAAUUACGAUAAAGACUUGGUGGACUAGAGAAGAGGCGAGAUUUUUAAGGUUUAAGUUGUUUUACCAAAACCAGCAGCAAAACUUACAUAACUUUGACAAUCGUAUCUAAACCUCAUAUAAAAAAAAAAACACUUCAUGUUUUUUUU